CGUUACCGUCAGCACAGGAAUUCCAUCCAUUGUCGCCGUUGAUCGCGCGUAUCGGCCGUUUGUCUCCGCUGCUACCGUUUUGCCGCAUGUGAUCGUACUACGUUUAAGAAGUUUUAAUUAAAUAUCCGGUUUUUGUUUGUUUUGCCUUGGAACAGUUUUGUUCAUCGAGUUUUCUUUGUGCGUUUGACUUCAAAAAGUACGUGAUUAGAUACGUUUGUUUUAGUGUAUAUAUAUGUAUGUGUGUGUGUGUGCAAAAAAUAAGGGAGUUUAUUUGAAAAUAUCUGUCAAAGACAUUGAAUACAUCACACUUGGAAGUAUAGUUUUCCUGAAAACACAAUGUGUACUAUUAUCGAAUCGAAUGUUGUGAAUUUGACGUGACACUGUAUGGGGAGUGUCAAAAACAGUAAAACUUUCUUAUUGUGGUGAUACAAUUGAUUUAAUCUUAUACAGUUCAAUAAAACAAAAAUAAAAUCAUACUACACAAACUAUGGUCCUGAGAUUUGUUUUCUGUGGUCAAUGUUCCAACGUGGUCUUUUUCCUUUGUACAAUUACGAUCAUAAUUUCAGAUGUUUCUGAAUGCUUGCUAAGUAAAUCGAAUAAACAUCAAAAUGCUUUAGGAGAAUUUUCAGGGAAACCUGACUUACCUUAUUUUGACAAAGCAGCGUCAAAAAAUGUAACAGCUCCAUUGGGAAAGACUGCAUAUUUAAAUUGCAGAGUUAAAAAUCUAGCAAACAGAACUGUCUCUUGGGUGAGGCAUCGGGACAUACACCUGCUGACCGUUGGACGCUAUACAUACACUGGUGACCAGCGGUUUCGGUCGAUUAAUCAACCGCCUAGUGAAGAUUGGACACUACAGAUCAAAUACCCACAAAUCAGAGAUUCUGGAAUAUACGAAUGUCAAAUAUCCACUACUCCUCAUAUCAGCCAAUACAUUAAUUUGCAAGUAGUCGAACCUCGAACAGAUAUUAUUGGAGGCCUAGAGAUUUUCAUUAAUCGUGGAAGCACAAUAAACUUAACAUGUAUUGUACUUCAUAGUCCAGAGCCACCGUCUUAUAUUUUCUGGAAUCACAAUAAUGCUAUAAUAAGUUAUGACUCACCAAGAGGCGGGGUUAACGUAGUCACCGAGAAAGGAUUAGUUACAACUAGUCACCUUCUUAUUCAAGAUGCUAGAGUUGAAGAUAAUGGAAGAUAUCAAUGCAAUCCAUCGAAUGCCCAGCCAAAAUCUAUAAAUGUACACGUAUUAAAUGGAGAAUAUCCAGCAGCGAUGCAACAUGGAGGUCAAGCUCAUCAAAGAACGACUCACAUGUAUUGCCUAAUAUUUUUCGCGUGUAUGCUUUUUCAUCUGUAAAAUGUAUUUUGGUUUAAGUUUAACCAAAAAGUUAUUUUUAUUUGUAUUACAAAUAAAAUAAUUAUUACAAGUUAUUUAUAAUUUUCAACACUUAAUGCGUUGAAUAUACAAAGUUAAAAUAACUUAUUUAAAUUUGUCGCUCUACAAAAUAUAACAAGUUUUAUUUUUGGUUACAUCUUGUUAGUUUAAAAAUAAGUUUGUGUAUGUGUUUUAAUAAAUUGAUGUAUUAACUAUCUCUAAAAUUAUUAACUUUAUCUAAAUAAAAGAACUUUUCCUCAGAAGAAAAACUAACCAAAAGUAGUACGGGUUUUUAUUUUUUAGAAAAGGAACAAUUAAUAAUUACUUAAAUUGUUUAUUUCAAAAAAGUAUUAUUUACCUUGCAUUUUUUUUUUUGUGCGUGAAUCAUUUACCUUACGAGCACUUAAUAAUUAAGUAUAAAUUAUUUAUGAGUUAAAAAAUUGUACUUUCUCAUAUAAUGCAUUAUACUUUGAGCAUUCAAAAUUGUUCAAAAUAUUUAGAUAGGAAUACCUCAAAAUAUUAUCAGACAUACAUUUUAAAACUAAUGUGUUAAAUGACUUACUAAAUGAAUUUCCAUUUGUAAAUGUAUUGUAUUUUAGGAAACGUUUGUAAAUAAACACAAUUAUAAUAUUAUUUUUAAGUGAAAAUCAUCAUAAAUAAUUUUGUACAGUUAAAACUAUAAAUUGUGUUCGUCUUAAGUAUUUAUAAAUGUAUAUUUAAAUGUAAUAAUUAAUUCCAUAAUAAUUUUAUAUGUAAAUUAUUUAUGUAUUAUAUAGUACUUCUGCAGUAUGAAUUAAAUAUAAGUCAUAGUUUUUGUAUAAAUGUUUUCA